AUGAAUUCGACGGACUCACGAUAGAGAAACUAUCAGGCAUUAAGAGAUCCAUCUUAUAAUCUCGAGAUGUUCAUGAUUGGUUUAAGAAAAGGUGAACUAUACAUUGUAAUCUGCAGAUAUAAUGACAAAGUCAAAAAGAAAUAUUUGUACUUCCCAGAAGAAAUCAAACAAUAGUUGGAAGUUAAGAAGAUCUUCUAAAAUUUCGACCAAAACAAAUCAAGUAUGAGAGUUGAAUUUAAUUUAGACAAUUUGGACAUGAGCGAGUUAUAUGAGAUGUUUUAAAAAAAUGGUUUCAAAAUCACUGAAGAACAAUUGCAAAAGUUUUUCAAAAUUGUUGACAAAGACAGAGAUAAUGCUUUAAAUUGGAGUGAAUUCAAAAAUUCAGCUUUCAACGAACAAGCCGCACAAGUCUUCUAUGAAAUCAUGAAAGAACUAAGAGAGAAUAUGGAGAAAGAAUAAAAAUUAGACAGUUCAUCUCCAGCUGGAAAAUACAUGCCCUUCACUUUCAACAAUAUGAUCUCCUAUCUCAGCUAUCUGGCAAGUCGAGAUGAAUUAAAAAAAGCCAUUGAUGAUACAUCCAUUUCCUAAUUGGAGAAGUUCAAGAAAUACAUGGAAAUGAUCAAUCUCAAUUAAACCAUCAGUGUCUAAAAGCGAAAUCAAUCAACCCCUGAAGUUGACAUCAUUCAUGAAGAAGUUGGAGAGAGCCAAAAUCUAGACUAAGAACAAGAAUUCAUUAAGAGAAAUGAAUAAAGGUUUAACCUCUACAAAAAUUCCUGUAAAUUCUACCCUUACAAUUAGUUUACAAUUCUCAGAGCGCUUCCAAGAGUCCCAAAUCUUAAAAAUAACCUUAAUAUGAUGCAGAAGGAAUAACAAUUGAAAGUUCCUAAAAAAUUGAGAGAAAUUGAUGCUAUCGUAAGAUCACAUCAAGUUCCUGAGACUUAAAGCUUAUUUAAGUUGAAGGAAAAAACUAAUAACUCUAUCAUUAAAUUGAAGCAAGAUGUAUCUAAAUAUAUACAUUUAGCUAAAACUUAAUAUAAUAUCAAUGUAGAUGAAUUAUAAAUCUAAAGCACAAAAAAUAAACCUCCUCUAACCCUGAAAAUCAGGAAUUUCGAAGAAGACUUUAAAAAUGCAUUGGCAGCACACUAAAUGUCAUAUAGUAAUUCUGAACCCUAUUUUAAAUUCAACGGAUCCUCGGUUCAAGACCAUCAAUUGCCAAUCCUUGAAGAAAAAUCUAAGACUAUUACCAAUCCAAUUUUACCUGGAGAUCAUCUGCCAAUAUCGGUUUUACAAGAAUUAAGAAAGUUUUAAAGAACAUAACAAAAUUCAUUUAAUUCCAAUACAUUUAAGUCUUUAUUUAAAACUUAAAGUGAUUUUACCAAAACUGCUAUCAGCCAAAAAUCAAGAUCUUAAGGAAGGUUUCUGAAUAUCCAGAAUCAUGAGAAGUUCUAAUUUAGUGUUCCUUAAACUGCAAAACCAAAUUAACUAAGAAGCUAACUAUCUACAGCACCUUAAUUAAGAGUUGGAACUAAUUAUGGAAUGAAAAACCAUCAAAAAGCUGAGAUCCAACCUUUACUUGGAAAAUCACUGAUUAAAUAAUGA